AUGUCCAAUUCCAACGAGACAACUAGGCAGGCAGGGCCGGUUUGGCCGUUGUUUUUCGGCCGGCUGCGACUGGCGCGCACCACCAUCAUCGACCUCUGGGGGGGCCUGAGGCGCGAAUCGUGGAAAAUGCCAUACAUCGGUGCCGACGGUGUGCUGCGGCAGAAUGCACCCGCACACUCCAAGCUGCUCAAGGCUAUCUCCUCGCUCUGGGCAGCCGUCCUCCUGUUUGUCUGGUCUCUCUUUUCACCCCAGGAAGCCAUCUCGUCACAUGGCUCAGCGCCGCCUCGGCUGGGCGGCGGACGAAGGAACGGGCGAGGACCCGGCGGCGAGGGCAGGAUUGGCAAUGUACGCGAGCAAGAACCCAUAAGAGGUCUCUACGGCGAGGCAUCCUGCUGUGGCCGCUGA